CUUUUUCUUUCUCAACAGGUGACAUGAGGGAGAGAUCAUAUUCCAAACUUUCAUAAACAUAUAUCUAUAUAUUGUUAAUACACACGUAAACGUAUAGCCAGCAUUUACACAAAAUUAACGCCCAUGAUCAUGCCACCCGACCCAUCUUCUACAUCCGAAGAAAGAGCCAUUGACAUCAGCGGAAGAACCUACCAACUUUACUGGUGUUACCAAUGCCAUCGAACUGUCAGAAUCGCAUCAGAAAACCCACCAAUCAUGUGUCCGAGGUGUUUCGGCCAGUUUGUGUACGAAGUCAAUAUAGCGAGGCCAAGACUUGUGGUGGAGUUCACGGAAUUCGAUCCUUCACCUGAGGCCCGUAUACUGGAAGCACUCUCGCUCAUGCUCGAUCCUCCUCUUCCACAAGGUAAUCAACAUGAUGGUAGGUUUACAGACGUCGGAAUCCAACCUCCAUGGGGCCGGAAUCACGGAUGGAGAAGGCGAAGGGUAAGAAGGAACUCUCCGUUUGACGAAAUGGAUGGUUGGGAUCCCGAAAGUGGAAUUCUAGCACGUCCUCGCUCACGUUCAUGGAUCAUUCUUACACCAAAUAACCUCCCACGGAUCCCAAACAGUUCUAAUGAUAACACUAAUAAUGAUCCUGAAGCAGAAAAUAUGAUCCCGAGAGGGGUUGAUCCUAGAAACUAUUUUGCUGGAUCCGAGUUAAACGGGUUGAUUGAAGAAUUGACUCAAAAUGACCGGCCAGGUCCACCUCCAGCACCGGAUUCUGCCAUAAACGGGUUACCAGAUGUUAAAAUAACCCAAACCCACAUUCUCAAUGAUUCUCAAUCUUGUGCGAUUUGCAUGGAGGAAUUCAAAGUUGGUGGAAGAGCGAAAGAGUUGCCAUGUAACCAUAUAUACCAUUCGGAUUGUAUACUACCAUGGUUAAGACUCCAUAACUCUUGUCCGGUGUGUCGGACGGAGUUGCCGGUGCCUACCAUCACCACCGACGGAACCAGUGAUUCUUCUGAUGAUGGUAGGGGUAGGCGGCAGCGUUGUUCACGAUGGAGACGAUUAGCAUCGGUAUGGCCAUUUCAAACGAGGUCUGGGCAUCCUAGUUCCCAUGGCGAUACUCGCGAAGACUCGAGGGUGCACUCUUGCAGCAUCCUUUAGCCCGUGAUGCUGUUUCUUAAUGUAAAAAUUUCGUUCUUGUGAUUGAUGUAAUGGUUGUAAGUAAAAGACAAAACUACAUAAAUUGUUUCUUUGGUGUCCCGAAUUUGCUUUGCCCCUAACUAUUUAUGUUGAUGAA